AUGUGCGCAGACGCGACCCAUCCGCGCCGUGCUUGCUGGUGCGGCGCAGGUGGCGUGGCCGGCUGUGUGAGGCAGCAGCAUGCGUACCGAUGCUCGCGACUCCUGGCUGGCGUUUUGCUGAUUGUCGGUGCGCUGACGCUCGCCGUGUCCACGGCGCCUACGGCGUGGGCUGCGGGUGCCAACGUCUCGCCGGACGAGCCUGUGUACCUGCUGAACGCCAUGUACUCGUUGAGCGACUACAGCUGGAAGCAUGCAAAGGCGCUGUGGCUGGGCAUCGACUCCGCGCUACACGCGGUCGGCUACACCGCCGCGAGCGGCCGCCCCAUCAAGAUCAUUGAGCCGGGCCCGACGGAUGACCGAUCGGACAUCGUAGCUGUCGUGAUGAAGGCACUCAAAGACUACCCGACGCUUCUUGGCGUGAUUGGACCGUACUCUGACACGCGCCUUGGUGCUCUGAUGAGCAGCCCUGAGAUUCAGAACAGUGGGCUGAUGUUCCUGGGCCCGUUCACCGGGUCUAGCGCUAUGCGUGUGUGGAACGAGAACUUGUAUUUCAUGCGCGCGGAGCCACGGCUGGAGAUCAUGGCAAUGGCAAAGCACAUAGCGAAUACCUUCCGCGCACGCCGCACUGCGUUCACGUAUGUGACGGGUGAGUGGUUCGGAAGCUUCGAGCACAAGAGUCUUGUGGAGCUGAUGGCGUCCCUUUCGCUCGACCCGCCGGCUGUGUACUCCGCGCCGUACUCGACGAGCACUGCUGUGAACAUGACGGCCUUCGACGCGAUGGCGGACACGCACCCGCAGGUGAUCAUAGUCUGGGGAAUACCUGCAGGGCAGGUUGUGGAGCUCCUGCAGGCUGUGCUGACGGACCCGCGUACGUCGUCGGCGUACAUCAUGCCGUCGUUUGCGCUGCAGCAGAUGACAUUCCAGGUGUACUACGAUCUCGCGAUGGCUGGGAAGCUGACGCCUGUGGACGGGCAGAUCAUUUCGAGUGCCACAUCCUUUCCGCUGACGGAGCCUGCGUCGGUCCAUCUGAAGGUCUUCAGGGCGCAGAUGGGGGAGUACAUGGUGAAGACCGGCCGCGUGGACCCGAGCCUGUGGGCCGACGAGGCGAAGGCUGUGCAGAAGUACGGCCCGUGGGAGCAUGAGGCGUCGUCGGACUCUGCUGCAUACGUGAACAACUUCUUCAACGAGCACCCGUGCGUAACGCAGCUGAUGAUUGCUGGGUGGAUUUCGGGCUCGCUGAUCGCGCAGACGCUUGCGGAGGAGAACCGGGUCGUGAAUCGGAUGGCGUACAGACAAUACAUGUUCUCUCAGCAGCGCUACAUCGUAGGCGAGGACUUUGUUCUUGGUGACUACGGCGGGCCGUGCAACGGUGUUGCCGAAUUUCUGGGCGCCGUGUGCUACUGUAACCAGGGUGGGCACUCCGCUGUCCUUUCGAGGCUUGACAAAGCCGUGUGGACGGUGAUUACCGAGUCUGGCGUCAGCUUCACGCAGAAAAGCUGCUACUCCGAUAGCACCACCCUCCCACGGCCGCUGAACUUCCUGACGCUGAUCUUUGUGGGGCAUCCGUUGCUUGCGCAGGUGGGGCUGAACGUUAACACGAGCAUACCAGCACUUUUCGCCUACCUGAAGUACAGCGCGAGUCCUGUGAACGGGAUUGCACUUAACGUAACAGAUACUACACCACAGGCGCUGCACGAUGCGGUGACGACGAACUACACUACCGACGUCGUCGUAGGCAUGACAGUGAAGGGUAUGAACGUCGAUGAGUACUUGGUGCUCUCCCCCCUCCACCCUCGGCCACACCUAGUAGAGCCGUUAAGAAACUACAUGUAUCUGAUGCCAACGCUUGAGCAGCAGAUGUUUGUGCUGUACGCGAAGCUUUCGGCUGUGAGGGACGUGACGCCGAUCGACUCGGGCGUGCAUGUGGUCCUGCACGACUACGCUAGCGAUGAGGUAGCGAACAUCACCGCUAUGCUGCGCAAGUCUGCUGCGACGUUCGACUACGACAACCCGAGCGUGACUGCGGUGCCCUCCACGAAGACUGUUGGGAGUGCGCUUGCUCGCGGGCGGAUCAACGUUGUGCUUGCCGUGACAGCUGCGGAUGUGGCUGGCAUUGUCGACUUUCUGGUUGAGGAGAAGACCUCGAUUGUUGUGGUAGUCUUCGAUGACUUGGUGAUUCAGUACUCUACACUUGUCACUGCCCUCAAGUCGAAGCCGGCGUCUGUGCAGGCGCGUGUGAUCACGUUCACUAAUCUGCCGCUCUGGAGCGACACGUCGGAGAGCGCGCAUGCUGCCUCUAGGCUGUUGACAGUGUUUCACGGCGCGCUGCCUGACCCUUCCCAACACACUCCGGGAUUCCUGAGCGCCGUUAUAGCUGGCAGUUUUUCUGCCUCGAUGAGGAGGCUUGCGGACAGCGUGCGCAGCACUUCGCUGACAGACAUGGUCUAUCGCGAAGGCUCUGUGACCACGACUGGCGUACCCUUUGGCAAGUUUCAGUGGG